CAGGGUUCUCCCUGGAUUUUACAAAAAAAAUUCUCCUCAAUCAAUAUCAAGAUUUAUAUCAGAUCUAUAACAUUUUUGGAGUCCGAGUCUUUGAAAUCUCCCCACAUACAUCAUGCCUACCUCUCGUACCUCCAGUGACCGCAGCGGAUCCAUUGGAUCCUACGACAGCCCCAACGGCCACGCCUACAAGACAUCUCUCUCCAAGCAAGCCGAUCCCAACGCGGCCCUGAACGAAGCCCAGCCCAUGGCCAGCCUCAGCUCCGGAGACUCGGUGACCGGCAUGUCGUUGCGCGGGGUACAACAUCGCGACAGAGAAGGAAACGUCAUCACGGAACCCGAUCUGGCCAACCCUACGAGGUAUCGCUUUGAGCGUCCCCUGGAUACCAUCCGGGCCCAUGAAGCCGCUAUCGACCGCCGCCGUUGAGUUAUGCGGUGGGAUUGGUAGUUUUGCCACGACGAGACGUAUAUUGGGUUUUUCUAGCGAUUGUAUAAUAUCUUUUUGCUUUAUUGGUAAUGUGAUUAUUUGAAUAUUCUCUCGAUAUCGAUUUAGUAUAAGCGUCGGGGUCAGCUGUGUGCGGUGACUUCUCUUGAAUAAAACUACAGGAGUAUACAACCUGUCUGGUGAGACGUGUCA